AUGGCCUCCUGGACCCUACCCUUCCGGGUUGAGGCUACCGACCGCGACCCGGGCUUCUACUGGCAGGAUAUCGAUGACGGACCCAACAAUGGAUCAGCCGACUUCUUUGGCGAGUUUAUCAACUUUGACAACGAAAUCCCAUCAUCCAUGGCCGAUCCUCACGGUCACAAUCCGGGUAUGCCUGCCUUGGCCGAUGGACUCAUCCUUGAUCACCCUGCCGAAUCUACCGCGUCCGCUUCAUCGGGCGUUUCAACAACUGAAGAUGAGUUCGACUUGUUUUCCUGCAGCUCCCAAGUCGACGCGACGGGCCCCUCUCACCAUGGAUCGUCAGCCGCACCUGGCGCAACACAGGAGGUUGACCCUCGUAGCCUCGCACUUGCUGGAAACGAUGGACUAGUAAUGGAGAAGCGUUCCAUGGUGCCUCGAGUUUCCAUGUCUGACCCAGAACUACCCCAAGUUAAUGGUAUCUCACUUCAGACCUCACCUGGCCGACGAGUACCUGUCUCACAACCAUCAUCGCCAACGCCGCCCAACACCAUGACUAGGAAACCUAAUAAAUUCGUCGAAGCACUCUCAUCAACAAUCCGAAAGGCCAGCAAACUUCGCAGACCCAGAAAGCCCAUCGCCAUGGACCGCCCUGGCUCUCCAACCAUGGACAACCCUCCUCGGGCUUUGAGACUCCAGGAUCAUCCGUACAACGGGAAUGACGCAUUCCCCCCUUCACCAACAUGCGGGCCGGAUAGCACGAACUUUGUUCAUGGCUUUUGCGACGAUCCUUUUAAUGAAAUUCCUCAGCAGCCCCCUAACAACAUGCGCUUCUUCAGCAACAAUGGGAUCCACACACCGGCUGUGUCACCGGGAGUCAAGACAGAACCAGGCCUAUACCAACCUGAGAUGGCGGGACAAGUUCCUCAAUCAUCUUGGCAGCAUCAGCAACAUCCCCAUCCCCAUCCACACCAGCAUCCCCAUCAACCAACAGUUGCUCCUGGCCACCCUCAUCAACAGCCCGUCGCGGUUGUAGGCUCAGCACCUGAGUCGUGGCCAGGACAUGAGUAUAUGGCUCAGAAUGCUCAUCAAAGUGGUUGGUGGGAUCUAAAUCUCCUUAACCAAAAUGGCGAGUAUGUCGUUGUCGACCCUCAGCAACAGAAGAACGCCAACCUCAAUCUUGCCAUGCAUGCCCAGCACGCAGAGUUACCGUACGAAUACCAAAUGCACGACCCCAACUCGGCGGGCCUUAUGAUUCACAUGCCACAACCAAGAAAUGCUUCAGCGCCGGUUCAUGACCUUGCACUCAACGCUCAAACUUACCUCCCUCCACCGCCGCCUGUCCCGCCUACCACAGAGCGACACCGCCCACCGCGAGCGCCAUCCUCUGGAGCUCGACACUUGUCGUGCUCUCCUAUUCGCAAGACACGACAACCAUCCGUGCCACCAACGCCUACCACAGCGCACUCGCGCCACAGUUCCAACGGGUCCGUUGGGUCGGCCCGCAGCGCCUCAGGUCGCGGUAUGGUACCUGGCACUCCCACUGCCAUGCGCAAACAACGACGAUCAAGAGAUUCCAGCGGCGGCAGCGCAGGCGGCGGCGAUAUCGGAUUCGUCAACUUUACUCCCAGUGACGGUGGUCUCCUCAUGACAGGUGUUGCGCCGAGCGGCAGCUCCAAGACCAAGGCGCGCCGAGAACGUGAGGCGAUGGAACGAAGACGACGACUAAGCGAAGCAGCUAUGAAAGCGGUGCAAGCAGCGGGAGGUGAUGUCGAUAAGCUUAUGGAGCAGGGUUUUGCCUUUUAA